AUGGACCGAAGGUGGCCUUGGAAGAAAAAAUCAUCUGAUAAAACUGUGCUUGACAAAGUAGCUGCUGAAUUGGAUUCUGCUGGUGUCUCUAAUCAGGAAAAUCAGGAUGUUUAUAAAAAGCCGAACUAUGUCCAAAUCUCUGUAGAGUCAUAUUCACAUCUGACGGGUUUGGAAGAACAAGUGAAGUCAUAUGAAGAAAAGGUAGAGACACUUGAGGAUGAGAUUGCAGAAUUAAAUGAAAAACUAUCAGCAGCAAACACUGAGAUAAAUACCAAGGAAGGUUUGGUAAAACAACAUGCUAAAGUAGCUGAAGAUGCUGUCUCAGGCUGGGAAAAGGCAGAAGCAGAAGCUUUGGCCUUGAAGAACCAUCUAGAAUCUGUCACUCUUUCAAAACUUACUGCUGAGGAUCAGGCGUCGCAGUUAGAUGGUGCUCUUAAGGAGUGUAUGCGACAGAUAAGAAACCUGAAAGAAGAACAUGAACUGAAAAUACAGGAUGUCGUCCUUGCAAAAACCAAGCAAUUGGACAAGAUUAAAGGUGAGUUUGAGGCUAGGAUACGGAACUUUGAACAGGAACUCCUCAGGUCUGCUGCUGAUAAUGCAGCUCUGUCAAGGUCCUUACAGGAACGUUCUAACAUGCUAGUCAAACUAAGUGAAGAAAAAGCUCAUGCUGAGGCUGAAAUUGAGCAUCAUAAGAGCAACGUAGAAUCAUGUGAAAGAGAAAUCAAUUCACUUAAAUAUGAGCUUCAUGUUAUUUCCAAAGAGCUUGAAAUUCGUAAUGAAGAAAAGAACAUGAGUAUGAGGUCUGCAGAAGCUGCUAACAAGCAGCAUGCAGAGGGUGUAAAAAAAAUUGCCAAGUUAGAGGCAGAAUGCCAAAGGUUACGUGGUCUAGUACGGAAAAAGUUACCUGGUCCUGCUGCGCUUGCACAAAUGAAGCUGGAAGUUGAAAGUCUUGGCCGAGAUUACGGAGAAACUCGAUUAAGGAAGUCUCCUGUCAAACCUGCUAGUUCUCAUUACUCUACGGUGCCUGAUUUCUCCCUGGAGAAUAUACAGAAACUCCAGAAAGAUAAUGAAUUUCUUACAGAGCGCUUAUUGACAAUGGAAGAAGAAACAAAGAUGCUGAAAGAAGCUUUGGCAAAACGAAACAGUGAAUUGCAGGCUUCAAGGAGUAUGUGUGCUAAAACACUUAGCAAACUUCAAACUUUGGAAGCACAAGUUCAGCCAAGUAUUCAUCAGAAGGGAUCUCCAACAUCUACCACUCAUAUGAACCAUGAAAGCAUUUACAGCCAAAAUACAGGCUAUGCACCAAGCAUGAUCUCCAUAUCGGAAGAUGGCAAUGAUGAUGCAAGAAGUUGUGCUGAGUCUUGGUCUACGGCAUUAAUCUCUGAGCUAUCCCAAUUCACAAAGGAAAAGAAUGCCGAUGAAUUGGGAAAAUCUGAAGAGACUGAGAAGUUGGAACUGAUGGAUGACUUCCUAGAGGUCGAGAAAUUUGCUGGAUUAUCGAACGAUUCUAUUGAAGAUGCUUCUACGUCAUUCACAUCAAACAAUAACAAGGAUGAAAUCAUGACCAAUGAAGUAUCCAAAGUUGGUACUAGCAAAGAUGAUCCCUCCGAGUCUGAAAAGAACAGUGAUUUAAAUCCAUUGGCAAUUCAAGUGUCCCCUGCUGCAGUAUCACCCAGUUCUGGUGGGAUAGAUGGCUUAUCACCAGCAGAACUUCAAUCAAGAAUACAAUCAGUUUUUGAGUCUGUGGCUAAGGAUGCUGAUGUGGGUCAGAUCCUGAAGGAUAUUAAACAUCUUCUUGAAGACGCACGUGUUCUUGAAGACGCACAUGAUACAUCCAUCCAAGACUCUGCUGCUGUCACUCCCCACGAUGUCCCGCCUUCUGAUAUUCCAUGUGAUAAAAAGGAUAAUUCUGAAGAUGCUGGUUCAGUUGCAGAAAAAGAACUCAUUUCAUCCCAAGAACCUACUCAAUAUAUACAAAUAACUUCUGACAUAGAAGCUGCAAUUUCUCAAAUUCAUGACUUCGUAUUGUUCCUAGACAGAGAAGCAAUGACAGUUCAUGACAUAUCUUCUGGUGGUGAUGGGAUAAGCCAAAAGAUGGAGGAGUUCUCUGUUACUUACAAUAAAGUCAAAUGCCAUGAAGCAAGUUUGCUGCAGUUUGUUCUUGAUCUGUCUCAAGUCUUGGCUAAAACAAGUGAAUUCAGAUUUAAUAUCCUUGGUUAUAAAGGUAUGGAAGCUGAAACUAACAGUCCUGAUUGCAUAGAUAAGAUUGCUCUGCCUGAAAAUAAGUUAGUUCAAGACACUUCGUCGGAAGAGAGAUAUCAAAAUGGCGAUUCCCAUAUUCUUAAUCCCUGUUCUAAUCCCGAGGUUCCUGAUGAUGGAAAUUUGACCUCAAGCUAUGAAUCAAAUGCCACAUCACAAAAGUUCUCCAUGGAGGAAUUUGAGGAAUUGAAAUUAGAGAAAGAGAAGGCAAUUGUGGAUCUGUCGAAAUAUUCGGAAAAUCUUGAAAUGACAAAGUCUCAGUUGCAAGAGACGGAACAACUUCUAGCUGAAGCUAAAUCACAACUGGCUUCUGCUCAAAGGUCAAACAGCUUAGGUGAGACUCAACUGAAAUGCAUGGCAGAGUCAUACAGAUCACUUGAAACACGUGCACAAGAGUUUGAGACUGAACUCAACCAUCUGAGAAAGAAGAUAGAAACUCUUGAGAACGAACUUAAAGGUGAAAAGAGAUCUCAUGAAGCAACUUUGGCAAAGUGCAAGGAGCUAGAAGAACAAUUGCAAAGGAAUGAGAGUUCAGCUGCUGACAAUGAACUUAAGACUAAAAAGGAGAGAGACUUGGCUUCUGCUGCUGAAAAGCUAGCUGAGUGUCAAGAAACAAUAUAUCUUCUUGGCAAGCAGCUAAAAGCUAUGCAUCCUCCUCAAACAGAACCAGUGGGAUCUCCAUAUGGUGAGAGGCUUUCGAAGGUUGAAGGUUUUGCAGAGCAUGAAGUUCAGAGCCCAAAUAUGCAGGAUCUGGAACAAGUUGAGAUGGACGGUGCUAGUUUUGCCUUUAUGCAAAGACAGGGUGCAGAGUCCCCUUUGCAUUUUACUAACAGUUUAUAUAGUCCAUCAGAUAAUGACUCAAACUUUCAAGCCAUAUCUCCUUUACCGCCACCAAAUCACAAGCCUUCAAAGUCAACCUCUUCCUCAGCUUCUUCCACUCCCACACCAGAGAAACAUGGCCGGGGUUUUAGUAGAUUCUUUUCAUCAAAAGCAAAAGUCGGCCAUUAA